GUGAACCUCAACGGUGUCUACAAAAAGCAAAUACUCGACGUCUACGAACGCGUAGUUGACUUGUUGAAGCAAGACGUCCAGACACCAGAUAUGCAGGCGGAAGCGAAUGCUCUGUGUGCACCUGAUCUGUUGGACAAGCUACAGUUGGAUAUGUUUGAUUUGCUUCACGACAACACCUACAGCGUAUGUGGUAGUAGUUGCUGCUAA